AACUUUGCUCGGACCCGUCCACUUAAAAACCCGGUGGACCGGACCGCUGGUCACUGUCUGCAACCAUGACUUCAUUUGAUGACAUCUUGGAGGAAGUGGGCAAGUUCGGCCGCUGUCAGAAGCGCGUCUUCGCCCUUCUCUGUCUAGUCUCCAUGCCCUGGGCUGGCGUCUACGUGGGCAUCGUUUUCCAGGGUUUCACGCCGGACCACUGGUGCAAGGAUGGAGCGGUGGAGCAGUGGAGGCUGCAGUGCGGUCGCAGCCCAUCCGAUGCCCGGCAGUUGACUGCGCUGCUUGUUAACUCAUCGGGCGAGGUGCAGCGAAGCAGCUGCGAGCAGUACGAUGUCGAUUGGAACGCUACGCUCGCCUGCGAUACGCAGGAAGUUGAUGUCAGCGGGAUGCCCACCAAGCCUUGUGCCAGCGGGUGGGAGUACGACUACGAGGGGAGGCGGUCAUUUGUCACCGAGUUCGACUUGGUGUGCUCAGAUGCCUGGCUGAUGGACAUGUUCCAGGCAAUGCUCAACAUUGGCUUCCUUCUGGGGAGCAUCGCUAUCGGUUACCUGGCCGACAGGUUCGGCAGGAAAUUGAGCUUCGUGAUGUCCAACGUGUUCAACGGCGUGGCGGGGAUAUUGGUGGCAAUAGCGCCCAACUAUUUGUCUAUGAUAAUCUUCAGAGUGCUCUUCGGGUUCGGCGUUAAGGGCGGAUGGAUGGCGGGAUACGUGCUGAUCACAGAGAUCGUGGGUGUAGAGUCGAGACGCACGGUGGGCGUCUUGUACCAGAUGUUCUUCAGCGUGGGCCUUCUGUUUCUCCCCCUACUUGCUUACUUUAUUACUGACUGGCGUUGGCUGCAGGUGGUCAUCACCAUUCCCUACUUUGUCUACAUCCUCUACUACUGGCUCAUCCCGGAAUCUCCAAGAUGGCUUCUAUCGCAGAAUAGGAAGGCCGAAGCGGUGGCGAUCACCGAGGCCAUGGCUAAGGAGAACAAAAAGACUCUUUCCAAAAACAUAGAGACUCUCGCGGACGAUAAUGCCGAUGACUCAUCCUCCGCCUCCUUGAUGGACCUCAUCCGAACGCCCAAAAUGAGGAAGCACACGCUCAUUCUGAGCUACAACUGGUUCACCAGUGCAGUAGUCUACCAGGGACUUAUCAUGCUUCUGGGCAUAAUGGGAGGAAACGUAUACAUUAGUUUCCUGAUCUCAUCCCUUGUUGAGUUCCCCGCCGCCUUCUUCAUCCUCUUCACCAUCGAGCGCGUGGGCCGGCGUCUCCCCUUCGCCGCAGCCAACGCCGUGGCCGGAGCUGCCUGUUUUAUCACCGCCUUCCUUCACGACGGUUGGUUGAAGACGGGGGUCGCUUGUGUGGGUCGACUGGGCAUCACCAUCGCUUUCGAAAUGGUCGUCUUUGUGAACACGGAACUCUACCCUACAUUUGUCAGGAACUUGGGCGUGUCAGUAUGUUCGACACUCUGCGACGUGGGCGGCAUCAUGGCCCCUUUCCUGCUCUACCGGCUCGCCGCCAUCUGGUUGGAGCUGCCCCUCAUCAUCUUUGGCUUCUUGGCAUUCCUGGCCGCCGGUUUGGUCUUAUUGCUUCCUGAAACCCGUGGAGUCCCGCUACCCGACACCAUUGAUGAUGUGGAACACCCGAACAAGACAACGCAAAGCGCAAUGGAGACGCACCAGCAGUUGUCCAGCAAGCUCCUUCCUAACACCAACAUUUCCACCAAUCAAGACCCCGCAAGUGUCUGAGAAAUUUCUUUAAAUCCACAUUAUUUAUUUAUGCUAGAAACUACAUUUGAUCUGUACACAACUGUACGUCUCGUGUUUAGCACUAAUGUGCUAGCAGCAGCUAUCGUGUUUGCCGAGCUACCGAGUUAGUGCGCUCCAUGCUAUGUGUAAAAUGUCUUUCUUUCGGUGAAUGAACCAGAAAGACAGAAACUGUUGACAUAUCCCCGUUGUUUAUUACAGUCACGAUUAAAUUUCCACUCCCUUACUUCCCCGUCCACUUCAGUUGGCUUUGAUGGUUCGUCCAAUCCAGUCCACGAACUUUGAGACUCGCGCAUAGACUCCGGGCUUCAUGGCAUUGGCGCAGCCCAAACCCCAAGACGUGACGCCUUGCAGGAUGAAUUUGUUGUUGUCUUUACAAACCAAAGGACCGCCGCUGUCACCCUGCAAGUGUUUAGAGUUGGGAGGGAUGGAUCGUAACCGUCGGCCUUAUCAGAGGACUUUCAGCAUCAAAGAGUCAGAAUACCUGGCAACUGUCAGUUCCGCCUUCGAUGUUUCCGGCGCACAUUUCGUGAUUUUUCACUCUGCCGUUCAGAUAUGACGGUCGAUUGCAGACUUUGUUCUCGAUGACCGGGAAGCCUGUUUCCUUAAGGAAGCCCUCGCCACCCGUACCUGGAAUGGCAAUAAAAAGUGUAAUUCAAACUGUAGUCUCAUUAAAUCUGAUUCAAACAGUGUUGCUUGAUUUCUCAGUGUAUGUGUGUCAAUACUUGGUAGCAAUCAUAAAAAAUCAAGAGCAAGUUUGUCCUUGGAAUACCAAUGAAAAUUAAUGUCUCGUGAAAGUGGCUAGAAUUUCUUGUGGAACUCCCCGAUGUGUCACCACGGAGCCAGAAUUUUUAUUUAUUAUUUUUUUACAUUCAUUUUUGUGUGUGUGUGUGUGUGGGGGGGCAUUCCUCUUAAACUACUGAAAUGCAAAGAAAACUGUUUUAGCACAGUUAUUUCUAUGACACAUACAAAAACUGAUUUUCAUUCAAAAUUGUAUUUUUUCAAUGAUUUGCAGAAUAAAAGUUAACAAAAACAGCAAUAACCCUAACCGCCAUCUCCUAAUUUUUAUUUUCCCUCAUUUCCUCACAUACUAAAUGCAAAAUCUCAAUUUUAACUAUUGAAGAACAUAGGAUGUAAAUUAAAAUUGAAGU